UGCAUAUUACACAUCAUAUCUUUGUUUUUAUCUUCUGUAAUGGAUGGAUAUCAUUGCCAUUGAAGGCCUUUUUAGUAUUAGAUUUUAGUGGUACAUGCAAGUGGGGCUUUAACACUAGUUUUUACAUGCCGUUUUGAUUUUCGUGCUGGUUUGAAAGCACUGAAUCUAACCCACACAGUCAAUUAAUAAGGAGGGCACAUUGAACAAAGUCCAACCAAGAUCUAUACAAGUUGGUUUUCAAAGGCUAAAGGAGUUGGGUCUUCUCAACCACUUCCAUUGUUUCUUUUUCAGCAAAGUCAACCAUUUGUUAGCUGCUGCAAAGGGUGUCUCAGUCUUAAAUUCUUGAGUUCAAUAAUUUUGGUCAUACUGUCAUUAAAUUAAUGAAGGUUGCGACUUUGUGAGAGUGAGAGGGAGAGAAAAAAAUAGUUGAAAGCAUAAUAUUUUUUUGGGAGCUAAAAGUCAGAUAGAAAGAGCCAAUAAUUAUUGUUCGAAGAUUUCAAGUGGGGUACUGAUAAAUAGGUGAAAAGAGAGAGAGAGAUUUGACAAUGAUCUCCUUCUGGAUGAUGAUGGACAAAAUGGUUUUAAUAUUAGUAUGAAUGUGCAAGGGGGCCAAUAGCGGAGACCAAUACUGAAAGAUAAAUGGUACUUUAACAAGAAGAAUGUUCAAAUAAUCUUCUCUUUCAUUGGGCUCCCCUGAGGUAGAUUAAGAGAAGGCAUGUUCUAGCAGAGUGCACAGCUUCUCUCCAUUUUCAGGUUGUGAUGGGAACCGUUUUGGCCACUGCUGGGCUACUUUUUGUCUUGUUGCUGCUGUUUAAUCUUUCCAUUUCACUUCCUCUAUGCAUUAAUUCACGGGCACCAUUUACUCUAAGUACGCCACUGAAGUUUUGUCCUUACAAUGAGACAUCAUGCUGCGACUCCAAAGAAGAUCUACAAUUACAGAAACAAUUUCAAACAAUGAACAUCUCUGAUCUUGGCUGUGGUUCUCUUGUAAAAUCAGUACUCUGUUCGAAAUGUGAUCCUUUUUCGGGUGAGCUGUAUGUGACUAAUUCUGAAACCUGGCCUGUUCCUCUUCUUUGCAACUCCACUGUUUCAGCAAAUUCCUCUCAGUCUAGCCAAGCAGUGAAUAAUUUUUGCUCUAACUUGUGGGAUACCUGUCAAAAUGUAUCCAUAUUGAACUCCCCAUUUGCCCCUCCAUUACAAGUUCAAUCUGGAUUACCAGACAAAUCCAAUAUUACCAAAUUGACUGAUGUCUGGCAAUCAAAAGCUGAUUUCUGCAGUGCAUUCGGUGGACCUUCUUCUGAUGAAUCAGUGUGUUUUAAUGGUGAACCUGUUACUCUAAAGAAUUCUCAAACCCCUACACCCCCAGGUGGCUUGUGCCUUGAGAAAAUUGGCAAUGGAUCUUAUCUCAAUAUGGUUGCUCAUCCUGAUGGUUCUAACCGGGCAUUCUUUUCUAGUCAACAAGGGAAGGUUUGGUUGGCAAUCAUUCCAGAAGAAGGAUCAGGAGAGACAAUGGAGUUUGAUGAAUCAAGUCCUUUUUUAGAUCUAACUGAUGAAGUUCAUUUUGAUACAGAAUUUGGAAUGAUGGGUAUGGCUUUUCAUCCGAACUUCGCACAAAAUGGCCGAUUCUUUGCCUCGUUCAACUGUGAUAAGGUUAAGUGGCCAGGAUGUACAGGAAGAUGCUCAUGUAAUUCAGAUGUCAAUUGUGAUCCUUCGAAAAUAGGUAGUGAUGAUGAUGCUCAGCCAUGUCAAUAUCAAACCGUUAUAGCAGAGUAUACAGCAAAUGGCACUUCAUCCCAGCCUUCCUUGACAAAAAGUGCUAAACCAGUUGAAGUGAGAAGGAUAUUUACCAUGGGCCUUCCCUUUACAUCUCACCAUGGAGGUCAAAUUCUCUUUGGUCCAGAAGAUGGAUAUUUGUACUUCAUGAUGGGAGAUGGUGGGGGUGUAGGUGAUCCUUACAAUUUCUCUCAAAACAAGAAGUCAUUACUUGGAAAAAUCAUGAGGCUUGAUGUUGACAACAUACCAAGUGCUGCAGAAAUUGAUAAACUUGGUCUAUGGGGUAAUUACUCUGCCCCUAAGGAUAACCCUUUCAAUGAAGAUAAAGAUUUACAGCCAGAAAUUUGGGCUUUAGGAAUGAGAAACCCUUGGCGCUGCAGUUUUGAUUCAGAAAAUCCUUCUUACUUCAUAUGCGCUGAUGUUGGGCAGGAUACAUAUGAAGAAGUAGAUGUCAUCACAAAGGGUGGAAACUAUGGUUGGCGUCUUUUUGAGGGUCCUUACCCUUACAAUCCUCCAAAAUCCCCUGGUGGAAAUACAUCCGUAAAAUCCAUUCACCCUAUUUUCCCAGUAUUGGGAUACAACCAUUCUGAAACUAACAAAAACGAAGGAUCAGCUUCAAUAAUUGGAGGAUAUGUCUAUCGGUCUAAGAGUGAUCCAUGCAUGUAUGGAAGGUACUUGUAUGGAGAUUUGUAUUCAGGCGCCAUAUGGGCAGCUGAUGAAAACCCAGAUAACAGUGGGACCUUCAACACCAGCAAAAUUCCUUUCAGUUGUUCAGCAGACAGUCCUAUAGAAUGUGGGACUGUCCCAGGGAGCACACUCCCAAAUUUGGGAUACAUUUUCUCAUUUGGGGAAGAUAACAGCAAAGAUGUCUUCAUUCUAGCCAGCAAUGGUGUCCACCGGGUUGUUCGUCCUAGCCGUUGUAAGUACACUUGCUCAAAGGAAAAUGCAACUGAUGCUGGUACAACUCGAAGUCCUCCUCCUCCUUCUGGUUCUUAUGCAAGCCGGUUAAGUAACUCAUAUUGUAGCAUUCUAGUGGUGCUAGUUUCUUCCCUCUUAGUGCUUUUGAUGGGUGUUUUCUAGUAGCAUAUUGCUAUAUCUCAAUGCCAUAUGGAGAAGAGAUUGUGGGAGAAAGUAAGAAUUGUUUGUCUCAAUGUCAUGAGACAGUUGUACCAUAAUAAUUAGCAACUGAACCUUUUUUUC